AAAGAGCGAAUUCUAGCCUCUCGUUGGAUGUAUAAAUUGAAAAAAUAACUUGUUUGUUUCAUUUUUAAAAAUCAGUUUUUAAACUUUAAAUUACUAUAAAUACACGAAAACAAACUAAUUCUGUUUUAAUUUUUACACCGAUGGUGAGUUCACUAUUAUAACUACUUUGUGUUGUAAAUUCACGUAUUUCUCACUCGCGGUCGCGAAGCCGUGCCCUCAAUAAACAUAUAGACCUCCAGCCGACUUUCAUCCCCGAGUGAGUAGCUCGCCGAACGGUUUUAAAGGUUGACGACCGAUGAUGCUAAACGGAUUUCACCCUUGCUAGAGCCUUCAAAAAGUUAACACAAUGUCGUGGCUUCUUUUAGUAAGUUCAGCGCUUUUGAUAGCGCUGACUUCAUCACAAGGUGGGGGUCCGCCCAGAGAGAAAAACUGUUUGAUAGACUCCACUGCUGGAUGCUCAUAUGCCAGAGCCCCUCAAUACCUGAUUAUAGCUCCUAAGAAAAUCCGGCCUAACCAGGUGUUUCAAGUGUUUGCCACCAUUUUGAGAAUGGAGUAUAAUCAAGAGUUUGUUCAUGUUAUUGUGUCAAUCAUCAAAGGGGAUACAGAAUAUGCCAACACUUCCAUGCGCUUUGAUAGGCCAAGCAGUCGUAUCAUGCAACUGCAGAUGCCCUCUAAUGCUCCUGAUGGGCAGUAUCGUAUCAGAGUUGAAGGGCGCUUAAAUGAACAAGACACAGGCAAUAUUUGGGCAAAUGAAACAGAUAUUGACUUCAGCACCAAGCAGGCCUCGCUGUUUAUACAGAUGAGCAGACCUUUGUACAGACAAGGCCAAAUAGUACAUUUCCGUGUUAUCCCCAUUCUGCCAAACAUGAUGCCCAAAUAUGGAAGCAUGAUUGUAUAUAUUGAUGAUCCAACUGGGAUACCAGUUAGAAGGUGGCAGGGAUUACAGACAAAUGCUGGUGGAAUUGUAAGUCAGAGUUUUGUUCUGUCUGAUCAGCCCAACUUUGGAACCUGGAAUAUUCGUGUAGAUGCUUUUGGCCAUGUGUACAGACACCCAUUUUUGGUGGAGGAGUUUUGGGAACCACGUUUUGAUGUAAAUGUCACCGUCCCUCUCUAUGUUAUGGAGGCACCUGAAAUGAAAAUAAGAGGUGUGAUGCUAGCAAAUCACACAAGUGGUCGGCCAUGUGUUGGUAACGCUUCAAUUACUGCCUUCUUCCGCCCCCGUGAGGAGAUAUGGAACGCCACAAAAGGGUGGGAAAAACCUUACUGGGAUGCACAAAAAACUGGAAAACAACAGUCAAGGGUACCUGUGAAUGUGCCUGAUUACAGACCAGUUUCUGAAAUACCAGUCAAAGACUUCCACAUGUAUUUUGCUUAUGAAUACAGAUUCUUUAAUGAUUACACUGGUAGAAUAGAUUUUGAGUGGACUCUUGAAGAACUAAUGACCAUAGCUAAAAGGGGAGGUGAAAGUGGUUCUCUCGUAGAUAGUGAAUUUGUUUUCUUUGCUAACGUGUCGGAUUGGUACUCUGGCCUGAAUCGCACUGGGUGGGCUGGGACUAUCAUGUUUGAUAACAAGUACAAGCUGAAGUGGGUUGGUGAGCCAGUCCGGACAUUCAAACCUUCAUCUAUUAUGAAAAUACAGGUGGCUAUUACAAAAUAUGAUGGCACACCUGUUGACACAGGUGGCACUAUCACCUUGAGCUAUGUCAUUACUGACAACUCAGGAACAAGUGGCAGACUCUCAGAUUCUCAGACAAGAACACCUAUAAAUGGAAUAGCACAGUUUGAGUACAGUUUUAGAACAAAUGUACAGAACGUGUUAGUCACAGCAACCUUUUUGGAUGCUCGAAAGCCUUACAGUGGAAGCAAUCAGAUCUACCUUGAUCCAAAAUUUAAUAUUGGAACGGUGCCUUCUAUCACUCUGCGUGCCUCGCGCUAUUACUCUCCUACUAACUCGUACAUUACCAUUUUGUCUUCAACUAACAACCCUCAGGUGAAUGAGUACAUGAUUUUCCAUGUGAAAACAAGCAGCUUUGUGCCUAGAAUUUACUAUCAGAUUGUCUCACAAAGCAACAUCAUCAUUGGAGAUCAGAUUGAGAUGACCUCUCGACAGAAGACAUUUGCUGUAUCCUUGACUAGAGAGAUGGUGCCAAAUGCACGUCUUGUUGUCUACUACAUUAGACAACCUGAAGAGAUAGUCACAGAUGUCCUCAAUUUCUUUGUCAAUGGAACCAGACAAAAUGUGGUGACACUUGGUAUUAACAGAGGCAAAGAUUUCAGCCGCGACACUAUUGAAUUCAAUGCUUACGCUGACCCCGGCUCAUACGUUGCCUUUAGCGGGAUGUUACUUGAUCAGUACAGCCGUGGGUUGAGCGAUGGCAUCACUGAAAACAGGCUGAUUGAUGAACUUUUGACCUAUGAUGCAACUACCAAUGGAAGCUACCGCCAUUUAUGGAGGGUCAGUGACACUGAAUAUGAGUACAAUUUUUUCCAUGGCCCAGAUUAUGGUGUUGACACCACCACAAGUUUUCUUAGUGCAGGUUUGCUUGUCUUAACUGAUGCAAGGGUACCAAGACUCUUCAAUGAACAGUUUUGUCGUGUCAAUCAGAAGGCUAGCCCCUGCUUCUCUGGUAUUGAAGGAGAGUGCUUUACAGAUGAACAGAAAUGCAAUGGCAAAUGUGACUGCACAAAUGAUUGUGGUGAUGAAUGGGGCUGUGUGGAGCCAGAUAUAUCACAGAAACAUCUUUCUGCCAUGGAUCGAGUCAGCAGGGUGAUGCACUUUUAUGACAACAGUUCUUGGGCCUGGCAGGAGAUCUUUGUCAAGCCAGAUGGCAGAGUUGAUUUCCGUGUGGAUGUCCCCAAAUAUCCAUUGUCCUGGGUCAUCAAUGGUGUGUCAGUGAGCAGAGAACUGGGUCUUGGUAUAAUGGUGAAGCCUGUUAGGUAUGACGCUGGUCGCUACAUGUACAUGCAAGUUGAGCAUCCCCAACAUAUUAUCAGAGGGGAACAAAUUGGUGUCAGGGUCACUGUCUUCAACUACUGGUACCACGAUGACUAUCUUGAGGUUCUGAUAACUAUGCAUGGAAAUGAUGACUUUGAGUUUGUUAGUGUUGGUGAGAUGGGCAAUGUCAUGUCCUACACACCACCUAUUCACAAAGGAGAUCAAAAGACUAUUCUGUUUUUGGAGCCAGGUGAAUCUAGGGAUAUUUAUAUGCCUAUAGUAGCUAGUAAAGACAUGGUGAGAGGAAUUCUUCAAUUUAGAGUUUCUGCAACUUGUUUUAUGCAGAAAGAUGAGUACAAUGGAACUAUGUAUGUAAAGCCUGAUGGUGUGAUGAACUACUACCACACGCCCUACCUGACUGAUUUUAUCCGUUACGAGCCUUCCGGAUCACCCCAAUUCGUCAUUCCCGUGCCCGAAAGUUUCAGGAAACUUGAAGUCCCGUGGAACUUGUACAUCCCUCAGUCUGCUGAGGCCAAGGUCUCCCUCUUUGGUGAUGUGGUGACACCUGGAUUCUUUGAGGACUAUCUACAUGCUGAAAACACCAUAUUACGGCCUUACGGUGGAGGUGAAAUGAUUACUUACAAUUUUGCCUACAAUCUUUUGACAUUGAAGUUUAUGAAAGCAUCACAGCAACUACCUGAUGAUCAGUUGAUGAAAUCUUUGAGGGAGAUGAAUAUUGCUCUGCAGCGUAUACUUGGUUACAUGAACCCUGAUGGUUCCAUGAAGAUGUUCAGAGAUGAUCACAGGCCCAAUUUAUGGCUCACAGCCUUUGUGGCAAAAACUGUGGACGAGGCCAACUUUGGAGAGUGGCAGCAAGAUCUUUUUAUCCCCCGUGAGCUGAUUAACAAAUUGGUUCUGUACAUCUGUUCUCGUCAGAAUGAUACAACUGGAGCCUUUGAACCUGAUGAAAAUGAUGUCACUUAUGACAGGAAGAUGACUCUUGUAUCAGGCCUGAAAGAUGACAAACUUCGCUCACAUCCAGUCCCACUGACAGCUUAUGUUUUGAUUGCUCUAUAUGACGUACAGCAUUCAUCAGAGGAAGCUGCUGCUUGUAUUGACACCGCUAGAAGAAAGGCUGCAGAUUAUUUAUUCAACCAAGUGCCAAACAUCAAAGAAGUUUUCCACAUGGCUAUCACCACCUACGCUCUCACUCUCACUCGCAGUCCCAGAAGAAGCCCCUUCGACCAGCUGUGGGCCAUGAAAAGAAAUGACGAUGUUUUUAUGUACUUUUCCGAGGACAUUGUUUACCCAAAUCCAUUUGACUUCCUCAACAACGUGAGGUACAUCAAACCAAGGCAGGAGCUGAUGAACGACGCCUACUCUGUUCAGUCCACGGCAUAUGCCCUCAUGGCGCACAUCAACUACAACAGUGGAUUGAAGGUCCACAGAGAGAUGAUGAUGUCCUGGUUGUGUACUAUGAGAAAUUCUAUUGGUGGCUUUGCUUCAACACAGGAUACCAUUUUGGCCAUGGAAGCUCUGUUCAAGUUCACCCAGGUUGACCCCCAUCUUAAUGUCUAUGACUUAACCACCACGAUUGAAUCCACGGCUUCUCCAAACUGGCAGAGUGUUUUCACUCUACAGAAACUUGACUAUAUCAGCUUGAAAUCUGCUACAUUGCCAUAUGAUAGUGUAUGGGGAUUUAUUGUCUUUGAUGCUGUUGGUACAGGCAGAGCCAUGCUUCAGCUAACAACAACAGUGAAUGUUGAAUACGAUUUUCUGCAAAAAAUGCCGAUGCCUGUCGAGAACGAUAUGAACCAAGACGUAAUCAAGUUUUUUGCCCUCUAUCCAGAUGUGGUUAAAUUCAGUGGUAGGAACAACUCUAUUUUUGAGAUGAAACUUUGUAUGAGUUGGUUGUACACUGAAAAAAGCAAGACCUCUGGCCUAACUGUGAUGGAAAUUGACAUCCCUACUGGGUACGUUGUGAUGAACGACACUCUGAGAGAUUACGUCAAAUCGGGGGUGGUCCCCAAUCUGAAGAGAGCUGAGCACUACCAGAGAAAAGUCGUCUUCUACUUCGACUAUCUUGAUGAAAGCAAGACUUGUGUUUAUUUCCGAGCUGACCGAUGGUACCCUGUCGCCAAUGCCACAAUCCAGCACCGUAUGAGGGUGUAUGACUAUUACGAACCAGGCAUGCAUAAUACAACAAUGUAUACUACAAGAAACUAGUUCCUGCUCAACAAUUGCUUUGUGUGUGGGUCCUACCAGUGCCCCUAUUGUCCUUACUCUAAACCCAUAUCCUGCUAACGUCCCACUUAUGGGACGCUUGUUAAAAAAAAUGCUGAAAUUAAUUAAAAACUAUUUAAAACACGAA